CAGUAAUGUACCUCCUCUGUCCUCCUCCGUCCUUCUGGGACCCAGACACCAGUCAGGAGGACAGAGGAGAACCCUCCUGGGAGCUCAGGAGGACAGAGGAGAACACCCCUGGCUCUCCCAAUCCCUUUAGCGUCUUUCCAAGGGAUGCAAAGUCCCUUUCUGAUGUUCUGCUAUUUCCUCAUGGCAUCCUCCCAUGACCCUACUUGAAUGACAGCAAGUGGAUGGUGGUCUUGUUUGAUCACAUGUGGUGGAGUCUCUUUAAUGUCUCUGACACGUGCCCCCACAAGGCAGCAAAGCUCUCUGGAGAGGUUGUCUGGGCAGCAAAUGGGGGCUGCAGUGCCUCCUUGUAUGGAGUCCCCAGUCACUAAGCUACUGCUGAGCAAUGGCACCUGGCAGCUGCUGCCUGGCAGGGGCUCUCCCUCACCCCAUCACCUGAGGUGAUUCCCUGAUCCAGCACAGAACACGUCCACCCCAGAGCUGAGUGCGUCACAAAAACGUGCUGUGUUCUGGGGCCUGCAAGGUUGCCCUGCAUGCUGGCUGGUCCCUAGCCCAGGGCACGUCAUUCUCUGUGACGUGACACUCCUCGCUGUGAUGUCACAGUGACUGCCUCUUCCACCCCUGUGGCAGCGGUGGGAGCGGUGGCUCAGUCUCUUGCGAGAGGCGCAGGAAGAGGACCCAGAGAGAGCAUUGUGUCUACCUGGAGAUUUCCUGCUGUGAUGGAGCGGCUGAGAGCCCUUCGAGGUCUCUUUGCCUGUGUGGGCUGCGUGCCCAGAGGUACACGUCGCAGGGCCAGAGGCAGGGUGGCAAGCCCUGUCCCCGCCUGUGCCGUGACUUUGCUGCUGCAGCGCCUGCAAGACAAGGAGGGUGACCGAGCGCAGGCGUACUGCGAGCUGGAGCACGUCCUGCGGGAAGGUGACAGUCGCCCGCCGUGCGGAGUGGUGAACCGGCUGCUGGCUGAGGUGUCCCAGGACCUGACGGCAGCCCAGGGCGUGCCAGACAGUGUGAGGAUGGCUGCCAGCGAUGUCCUGGUGGCUCUGGCCCGGACACACUUCAGCUUGGUGAUGGCCGAGCUCCAGGGCCACCUGAAGGCCGUGGGGGAGAUGUCCAAGGAGUUUGUGCUCCUCACCCUGAGCAAACUGUUCACCAGCUACGCUCCACAGUGCAUCUCCUUCGUGUGGCUGACGCUGGCCGGCCUGCGCAGUGUGGUGGGCUGGGUGAGAGGCGGCCGGAUCCUGCGCAUUGCUUGUGCUGUUGUGAAACAAUGGCUGGAAGGAGUCAAGGUUCACUUGUGCUCUGGAAAGCAAUGCCCCUGGCCUGCCAUGGAAAUCCAGCAGAUCUACCAGAAUCUUUCCCAGCUCUUCUGCACUGUGCUGAGGAACUGGCAGGACUGCAAGGAGGAAAAGGACAAACAGGCUGUCCUCGGGGCUGUGGCUGCCAUGAUGGCUGUCCUCCUUCAAGAAGAGCUGUGCCGAGAGCACGUUUGGGAGCAGCUUCUCUGGCUCGUGCACCCGUAUCAGGAGGUCCAAGACACCUGCAGGGUGACCAAGAGCCUCAGUAUCUUCCUGGAGGCCUUAGAGGGAGUUCCAUCUGUCAUCCCUAAGGACAAGUUUCUGGCCAUCACCAGUGCCGUGUUCUACCAGCUCACCGAUGACACCAAGGAGCACAGCGAGGCAGACAGAGCAGAGCUGACCCACUGCAUCCUGCUGCAGGCCCGGAUCUGCCCAGAGGAAACGGUCCAGUUUCUGCAGUCACAGCUGGGCGCUGACAGGGAGGCUGGAUGCGUGGCAGCCCUGGGUCUGCUCGCUGCUCUGGCUCGCUCUGAUGAGCCCACGAUGACCGAGAAGCUGCCCCAGGUUGUGGAGGCUGUGCAGUGUCUGUGCAGCGACCCCAGGAUCCAGGUGAGGAGGGCCAUUCUGCACUUCAUCAAGGAUGUGCUCAGUGCUAACGCCCGGAGCUGCUCAGCCUGGGAUGUGGUGGGGCACAUCUUCAGGGAGUUCAGCCGCACCACGGCAAGAAGGGCAGCCGGAGACCUUUCUGCCCAGGAAGCCCAGGAAGAAGGAGCUCUCCAAGAGCUGUGUAUGGACAUCCUGGGGUCACUGGAUGUCUCUGCGAGCGGGAUGAGCAAACUCCUGUGGCCCCGGCUGCUGCUGUACGUGGUGCCAGCCCAGUACACCGGCAUGCUGAUCCCGGUCUCCCGCUGUGUCCAAGCGCUGGCUGAGAGAGGGGACCUGAUGGUGCGGGAGAUAGAAGACCUGGAUCCCCAUUUCCUCAGCUCCAUGUUUCAAGGCCCACUGCUGACUCCCCAGACACUGCUGGCACGCCUGCUGGUGGUGGCAGGGAGCCCUUUUGCAGGCAGCGAACUCCAAGCCGCUGCCUUGCUCCUCAUGCUGAGCCUCCACGGCAAAAUCCACAGAGCUGUGGGGGCCAGGAAAGAUGAGAGCUUCCCGGACUCUGCGGAGUGGGAGCAGCGCCUCCUAAAGUUCCUGAGGGCGUCACUGGCUACCAUGGAGGAUGAGGCCUGGACCAAGGGCCUGAGCUGCGAGCUGAGCCGGUGGCUGAGCAGCUCUCCCAGCAGCUCUGGAGAAAAGUCCUUCCUGUACAAGGCUCUGGGGACAGUGCUGGGAGCUUGUAAGGAAGUCCUCCACAUCCAAGGGAAGCUCCUGCAACACCUGGAGGAAGCAAAUGCAGAGGAGCCCUCUGAGGCCCAGAUGGAGCUGGACAGCAGAAGAGCUCAGGCCACCCGCAGCGCCCUCAUCCUUGCCCACGGCAGCUUGGCACUGCGUGCCUCCAAGGAACAGCUGCUGGCCCGCCUGGAGGGAGACAUGGUGGGCAACAUCCUGCUGCUCUACAGCUGCAGCUGCCGGGACCUGCAGAACACGCUUGCGCUGCUGCAGAGCAUCACAGACUUCAGCUCUGCCUUCCAAGCAGUGGGUGACUCUGCCUGCUUUAACCCCUCCUUGAAGGGCAAGCUGCUGGAGAUCCUGACGGACUUGCUGAAGAAGUAUUGCUUGGGCACCCCUGUCUCCCCAGUGCCCCUCAAGGUGGUUCUGGCCCUGGAGCAGUUGAGCAAGCUGAAGCCAUCUGUAGGAAGCAAAGACAUGUGUGACAUGCUGAGUCUGUGCUGCAAGACUAUUGUGACACACCCUUCAGCGGAGAUGAUGCUGAAGAUCAGGAAGUCACAGCAAGCAGCUCAGUACCUGCAGCUUCUGCAAACGUCACUGAAAGCUCUGGGCCGGCUCAUGGUGGUCCUGCUCGAGACAGAGACCACCAGUGGCUUCUUCCAGAACAUAGUCCAUAGAUCAAUGACGUCAGGCAACAUGUGGGAGCGCAAGAGGGCCCUGCAGACCUGCUCCCAGCUGCUGGCUGUUUGUGAAGAGCGUGGAAGAGGAGACGCCUGCAAGCACUUUGGCUCCUUGGUGGGAUUGCUGGUGCCUCUGAUGUGUGACCCCAUGCCCACCUCCCGCCAGUUGGCUGUCACCUGUCUGAGCUCCCUUCUCCAAAUCCAAGCCAAGGCGACCAACAGAGUCAUCCAGACAGGAGACAUCGGGAGCCUGUGUGAGGGGCUGAAUGACCGCAGCACCGUCUGUCAGCUCCAGACCGCUUCCAAAAUCGCGCGGAUUGUAUGCAGAAGCUUCUCCCUGGAACACACCAUAGAUUUCAUGAUGGCCAUCAAGGACACCUUCCGGAAGGCCAAAGGAAUGCGUGUGCGUGCUGCUGGGAAGUGGAUGAUCACCUUUCUGCAGAUGCAUGGAAAGGACAUCUGUCGGGAUCUUGAUCUUUCACCGAUCAUCUACAUCCUGCGCAGCUGCAUGUCGUCCCUGCAGCACAGCACGAACACGCCAUUCCUGUGCCAGGCGGUGGCCAUCCUCACCCGCUGUCACACAGACAUCACAAUUGACAGCUUCUUCCACAGGCGUUGA